AAAAUGAAUGAGAAGGAGCUUCCCCCGCACAUGAGGGAAGACAACUUAAGCGAAGAAACCAAGACUCUAAUCUCUUCACUUCCUUGGAACAAAGAUUUUAUAGGGAACCUCUACAACUACAGAGGAUGUUGGUACUACCCCAACACUCUCCAAGGUGUCCUGAAUUUCGAGAAAGGCUUCAAGCCUCAAGAAACCGAUAUAAUCCUCGCUUCUUUCCCUAAAUCAGGCACCACUUGGCUAAAAGCUCUCACCAUCGCUCUCUUUGAGAGAUUGAAGAACAGUAGUUCUUCUGAUGAUGAUGAUCUUCACCCUCUUCAGUCCGAUAAUCCUCAUGGCAUAGUACCCUUCUUUGAGUUCAAUCUGUAUCUCAAAAGCUCAACACCUGACCUGACCAAGUUCUCAUCUCCGAGGGUGUUCUCGACUCACAUGCCAUUCCACACGCUUCGGUUACCCCUCAAGGACUCUCCUUGCAAGAUCGUGUACGUGUGCAGGAACGUGAAGGACGUGUUGGUAUCGCUAUGGCAUUUCAGGUGCGCUCAUCUUGAAAAAGAAGUAGACAUGGAGUCUUUGUUUGAGUCGUUAUGCGAGGGAGUUGGCUCUUUUGGACCGUUUUGGGAACAUGUAUUGAGCUAUUGGAGGGAUAGCUUGGAAGAUCCUCAACAUGUUCUGUUCAUGAGGUACGAGGAAAUGAAGUCAGCGCCCUCUGCUCAGGUUAAGAGACUUGCGGAGUUUUUGGGUUGUCCAUUCACUGAGGAAGAAGCAGAACACGGUUCUGUGGACAAGAUCGUGGAGCUUUGUUCUCUGCGUAAUCUAAGCGGUAUGGAGGUCAAUAAUUCAGGAAAAACUUUCAACAAUGUGCCUUACUUUACUUUUUUCCGCAAAGGAGAAGUGGGUGACUUCAAGAACCAUCUGACUCAUGAGAUGGAAAACAAGAUCGACAUGAUCAUCGAGGAAAAAUACAAAGGCUCCGGUUUGAAAUUUUGAGUGUUGUUUGUGCUUUCCUUAAAUGAAUUCUCAUGAGUGAUGGGUGAUUUGUGCUUUCCUUUAAUGAAUAUGCACUCAUGUCAAUUUGUACUUUCCUUUAAUGCAUAUAUGAACUAAUGAUAACAGGAAAUUC